GAACCAGUAGGAUAGGCUGUUGCUGGCAGAUGCUUCACAACAGACAAGCAAAGUGCAGUUUGGAAAGGAGCGCAGGUCUUCUCAACAUGAAGUAAGAAGAAUCUGGUGCUGAAGAAAACAAUGAUCCGAAUCGCUGCACUGAAUGCGGCCUCGGCAACUGGGGACGAACACGAUGACCUGCAGAAAACCAGGAAGACGCAGACCAAGGAGGCCCAGGAGGCAGAGGCAUUUGCUCUGUACCACAAAGCUCUGGACCUCCAGAAACAUGACCGGUUUGAGGAGUCUGCAAAGGCCUAUCACGAGCUCCUGGAGACCCCGCUGCUUAAAGAGGCGGUGCCUUCAGAUGUUGAGAAGAUGGGGCUCAAGCACCCAGGGCUGAUGCUGAAAUACUCCACUUACAAGAACCUGGCUAGCCUGGCCGCACUGCGGGAUGACCUGGAGACAGCCAUGGACUUCUACCUGGAGGCCGUCCUCCUGGAUGCCACCGAUGUGAACAUGUGGUACAAGAUUGGCCAGGUGGCGCUGAGGCUGGUGAAGAUCCCUCUGGCCAGACACGCCUUUGAGGAGGGACUGCGCUGCAACUCCGACCACUGGCCCUGCCUGGACAACCUCAUCACUGUGCUCUACACACUCAGCGACUACAGCUGCUGCCUGUAUUUCAUCUGCAAGGCCCUGGAAAAAGACUGUUGCUACACCAAAGGCCUGGUUCUGAAGGAGAGGAUCUUUGAGGAGCAGCCCUGUCUAAGAAAGGACUCUUUUCGCAUGUUCUGGAAAUGCGACAUGUCCAUCCACGAGGCAGAGGUGGACGAGGCCGAGGCUCGGGCCAUCGUGGAGGAAGGCCUGGACCUGCGCAGGCGACGGCAGGCCCUGUGUGCCCAGAAUCCGCAGCCCGACCUCCAGCUUGUACAGCCCAUUUCCAACUUCACGUGGAGGGGCCUCGGGGACAGCCUGCUGGCCAUGUACAGGCACCAGACCACCUGCGAGCCCCCCCGGCCCAGCCUGGGCAGGCGGAUCGACCUGUCCGAGUACAAGGAGCUCCAGGCCUUUUCCCAGGCCUUCGCCCCUGUCAGCGUGAUCCAGACCGUCCCGGUCGGCGCCGGGGCCCCCCCCGCCCCUGCGGAGCUCGCCCCGCUCUCGCAGCCCACGACCCUGGCCCAGAUCGCGCAGAACCAGAACGUGGUGGAGGUCACCACUUCCCUAGCGGCAGACGCCUGCCUCUCUGACAAGGCGAAGAAAGCCAAGCGGAAGCGCGUGACGGAGGAGAGCGGCGAGACUGCCAAGCGGCGCUCAGCUCGUGUCAGAAACACAAAGUGCAAGAAAGAGGAGAAGAUUGACUUUCAGGAGCUGCUGUUCAAGUUCCUGCCCUCCAGAUUAAAGAAGCUGGACCCUGAGGAUGAUGAAGAGAGCUUGAGUAACUAUGAGAUCCAAUCGGAGGUCAAGCAAGACAGUCAGCUGCUCACUGGUUCCCAUUCUAUGUCGUUUGACACCACAACAUUUAGGGAAUCAGAGAGGCAGGAGGUGCACGCCUUCCUGCUGAGCAACAUGGCCAACGGCGGGAUCCUGGAGCUGCUCAUGCGCUACCUGAAGGCCGUCGGGCAGAAGUUCCUGGAGGAGUGGCCGCCCACGCUGGCCGCCGUGGUGCUGGAGAGCUACCAGAGCUGGAGGAAGCACAGCGGCGACCUGCCCAGCCCUCUGCUCCGAGACUGCAGCCACCAGCACAUCAAGGAAAUGAUGGUGAUGAGCCUCUCCUGCAUGGAGCUGCAGCUGGAGCAGUGGUCGCUGACCAAGGGCAAGGGCAACAGCACGGUCUCUCCGAGGAAGUGCCAGUCAGGUCCUGGGGCAGAUCAGUCCAGCACUGAUUUUCCAGGCCAGUAUUUCCAGGGGGACCUGCUGCAGCUGGCGUUUGCCGCCUCACAGAAGGAUCUGUUUGAGGAUGGCUGGCUUGCGUUCCUGGUACGAGUGUAUUGGCUGAAGGCUCGCUUCCUGGCUCUGCAGGGAGAUAUGGAGCAGGCUUUGGAGAGUUAUGACAUUUGCACUGGGAUGCUUCAGAGUCAAGCAGCUGUACAGUCUGGGAGUGAAGAAGGGGAGAAGUACACAGUCCACCUGCCCAACCUGAGAGUUGAUUCCACCAUCUCUGUGGAGGAGAUUGACAAGAAGCUGAAGUCUCUGGAGCGCUGCCAGUCCCUGGAGGAGAUCCAGCGGCUGUUUGAGGCAGGGGACUACGAGGCAGUCGUUCGGCUACUGCGGCCCACCCUCAGCAAUGGGGUUUCAGGGAGGGUCAAAUCCCUGGAGUUCGUCGGCUCCGUCCCUGAACGACCCGCACAGCUGCUGCUGCUCCAGAACUCCCUGCUGCAGCAGCAGGAUUUCCGGCAGUGUCUGGAGUGCUCCGAGGUGGCGCUCAAUGAGGCCUUCCAGCAGCUGAGCAAUGUCUCCAUCCCCUCGGCCAAAGAGGAGUGGGCCACCACAGUGACGCAGCUGCUGGGGGGGAUUGACCUGUGCCUGUCCCGGGCCCCUGACAUCCUGCAGACCGCCGCUCGCUCCGCCAGCAUGGCCCGGCUCAGCAGCAACCUCAUCCAGCUGAUAGACUGCAGCAUGGCAGUCUCUGAAGACCUCAAGGAACCCUACAUGUCAUCGGUGCUGCCCUGGAUCAUACUGCACCGCAUCAUCAAACACGAGGAGGUCACCUUUGACUGCCUGCGCAAACAGCAUCUGCAGGCUGAGGAGGAGGAGGAUGACCCCGACACCCCCAUGUUGCCAUCUUCCCUGAUGCUGCUCAACACUGCCCAUGAGUAUCUUGGCCGAAGGUCUUGGUGCUGCAACUCAGACGGUGCUCUUCUGAAGUUCUAUGUUCUAGUGUUACAGAAGGAGCUAACAGCCCCCAGCUCUGAGGACGCCCAUCCUUACAAAGAGGAGUUGGAGACGGCCCUUGAACAGUGCUUCUACUGCCUUUACACCUACCCCAGCAAGAAGAGCAAGGCUCGGUACCUGGAGGAGCACUCUGCCCAGCAGGUGGAGCUGCUGUGGACCGACGCUCUCUUCAUGUUCGAAUACUUCAAGCCCAAGACUUUGCCCGAGUUCGACAGCUACAAGACCAGCACCGUGUCGGCCGAUCUGGCCAACCUCCUGAAGCGGAUCUCCUGCAUCGUCCCUCGCAGUGACAAGCCCACUCUGACUGUGGAGGAGGUUUCGGCCUACAUUGAGGGGGCGUCUCACAAGGUGCCUUGUCUUCCUGAUGGGGCAGGUCCAGUCCCUCCUGUGGUGAAUGAGCUGUAUUACCUUCUUGCCGAUUAUCACUUCAAAAACAAAGAGCAGUCCAAGGCCAUUAAAUUCUACAUGCAUGAUAUCUGCGUGCAUCCUGACAGGUUUGACUCCUGGGCUGGCAUGGCUCUGGCCAGGGCCAGCCGGAUACAGGACAAGCUGAACUCCAACGAGCUGAAGAGCGAUGGCCCCAUCUGGAAGCACUCGAUGUCGGUGCUCAACUGCUUCAAGCGCGCCCUGGAGAUCGACUGCUCCAACCUGUCCCUGUGGAUCGAGUACGGCACCAUGUCCUACGCCCUGCACUCCUUCGCUUCGCGCCAGCUCAAGCAGUGGAGGGCGGAGUUGCCGCCGGAGGUGGUCAAGCAGAUGGAGGAGCGCAGAGACUCCAUGCUAGAGACGGCCUCCCAGUGUUUCCAAGGAGCCACCCGCUGUGAGGGGGACGGGGACGAGGAGGAGUGGCUCAUUCACUACAUGCUGGGCAAGAUCGCGGAGAAGCGCAAGCAGCAUCCCCAGGACUACCUGCUGCUCUACAAACAGGCAGCUCAUUACUUGCAUGAAGAGGCAGCCCGAUACCCCCGGAAAAUCCACUACCAUAACCCCCCUGAACUGGCCAUGGAAGCCCUGGAGUUGUAUUUCAGGCUCUGCGCCUCCAUAUUAAAGCUUCUGGAGGCUGGGGAGCAGGAGCUGGACCACGAGAUGCUCUUCAAUAUCCUGAAGGAGGCGGCUGAUGGCCCUUUCGCCAGAGGAGAAGAGAAGAGCAUGCCUAAAGCCAGUGAGAAGGAGAAGCCUCUGUCUGUGAACGACGAGGAUUCGCACUCCUCUGUGGGCACGGCGCAGGCGCCUGGGAACUCUCUCCCCUCCACCGGGCCAGGUCUGACAUCUCCACCUUACACAGCCACACCGGUUGACCACGAUUACGUGAAACGUAAAACCCUCCAGCAGCAGCAGCAGGAGCAGCAGCAGCAGCAGGAGCAGGAGCAGGCCCUGGCUGAUGCCAUUCCAGCAUUUGACCAUGAUUACUUCCUGACGAGCUUUUCAAAGUGGCCGACAUCAGCGACUGAACGGAGCCAGGACAGCAUGGUGGUGAUGCUGUCCGACUCCAACUCCAUCCAGGACCCCUUCUCCGACCCUGCCAGCUCCCAGGAAAGCAGCCGCAAGGUGCUGUCUGGGAAGGGGAGCGCCUCCUCGUCGGAAAACACCACGCCUCUGAAAGAAGGACAGGAAAGAGUGGAGGAAGCAGGUGUGUUGGAAGAGAAAAGUGAGAGACCCACAGAUGUCCUUCAGGACAACAGAAACAUAAUUGAGGUGCUGGACGACCUGUCCGUCUCAUUGACAGAACUCGGAGGGCAAAAGGCUGCCUCUGAUCCAGCGCUGUCCACAGUGCCAGCAAAUCCUGCCAAGCCCUCCGCUGUCUUGACCCCGGUGACCCCAGUGACCCCAGCGAACGAGGCCAGGAAGAAGGGGGAGGCGGCCGCCGAGGUGCCGGAGGUGCCGCAGAGCCUGCCCUCGGACCGGGCCGAGCAGCGGCGGGUGCUGGUGGACAUGUGCGUCCGGGCCCUUUUCCUCUGCCUCAGCCGUUUCCCUCAGCACUACAAAAGCCUCUACCGUCUGGCCUUCCUCUACGCCAACAGCAAGACGCACCAGAGUAGGUAUUGCAGAGCUGCACCAGUCACUGCUCUGCUUUUACCUGGUGGGCGUGAGAACAAUACAAAAGAAACAGAUGGGUCUGCAUUUGAUGUCCAUCCAGUCUUGAACCUGCAGUGGGCCCGAGACGUGUUGCUAGGAAGCAGUGUCCCAUGGCAACAACUGAAGCACAUGCCAGCGCAAGGACUCUUCUGCGAGAGGAAUAAGACUAAUUUGUUCAAUGGAAUCUGGCGUAUUCCAGUGGAUGAAAUUGAUCGCCCGGGCAGUUUUGCAUCUCAUAUGAACCGCUCCAUUGUUCUCUUACUGGAGGUGCUAUACCAGUUGAAGGACCACGAUACUCUGCUCAAAGUCUCUUUCAUGCUUCAAAGGACUCCAGACCAGGGAAAGAAAUAUUUACGGGAUGUCGACCGCCAGGUCCUUGCCAAGAGAGCUUUUUUUCUUACUGUGAAAGUACUGGAGGAAACUCUGAACAAACUCACUGGGGUGUCAGAACAACCGACUUCCAAACCGCCUUCGGGGUUCAUGGGGGAGAUGACGACGGACGUUUCCAACAAGCCCUGCGCGGAGGACAGCAAACGACAGCUGCCCAAGAAGCCGGCGCUGACGGAGGGGGUCAGUGCGCAGAGCUUGGACAGCGGGCCGAGGGAGGGCCCCCGCGGACAGUCUCCUCAGGCCAUGGAUACUGCCGAUCAGCAGGGUGAUGACAAGCCUGGGAGGAAGGAGGCCGGAGGGGCAGAGCCGGCCAAGCCUGGGGCUGAUGAGCCCAUGGAGCUGGACUCUGGGGCUGGACAGUGGGGAGGGGGCGGCCGGACAGACGCCGCCUCUAAAUCCCUUGAGACGGACUUCGUAAAAGCCGGCCAGGUUUCGGAGGAGAAGGCCCCUGGGACGAGCAGGGCUCCAGAGCUGUCCCUAGAGGAACUCAGCAUCAGCUCCAAGCAGCAGCAGCAGCAGCAGCAGCAGCAGCUGGCCACCACAGCCAAGGGCCAGCUGACUGCCAGCGGGACAGAGCCUGGCAUCGUCCGGAGACCCAGCAGGAAAAGGAAAUUGUUAGAGGACGCAGAGUCCGGUAAAACGCUUCUGUUGGAUGCCUACAGAGUGUGGCAGCAGGGGCAGAAAAUCAUGACCUACGACUUAGGCAGGAUUGAGAAGAUCAUGUCCGAGACCUACAUGUUAAUCAAGCAGGUCGAUGAAGAUGCGGCCUUGGACCAAGCAGUGAAAUUCUGCCAGAUACAAAUGGCUACAGCAACACAGAAACAGUCAGCAGGAGAUACACCCACCACGCCCAAGCACCCCAAGGAGCACAGAGAGGUCUUCUUCCCAACCGCACUGACGCCCCUGCUGUCCACUCCCACGCAACCCCAGGGUGGGGUGCAGGAGCCCUCCCCGUCCCAGGACUGCGUGCCCAAGCCGAGCUCCGACCUACCGCCCAAACCACAGAAACAGCCGCCCGCCUCCUCCUACUGCCCUACCCCCGGCGCCCAGGAGCACCCCCAGAUGAGACGACAGCACAGCCACCCCACCUCAGCCACAGCCUACCUCCCCCCAGCAGGUGAACCAGCAGAGGAGCCGCUCGAGGGACUUGGCUACCGGCAACAGGAAUCCCACCUGUGUCAGCAGAUGAAGAUGGCCACCGUGUCGCCAGGGCAGGAGUCCCAUGACUGGCACAAGGAGAGUACCUUCACCCAACAGGAGGGUGUGGGCGACCCCUCUCACUCUGCAGGGCAAGCCACUGCAGAGACCUCAUCAGACCAGCUCUCACCUGGGAGUCAGUCCAAACAGCUGGAGAGCAGUCGGAUACGAUCCCGAAUUCCACCCAACAUGCCAAAGCUCUUCAUCCCUUCCACCGUCACCAAAUUCCCCCCGGAGAUCACGGUCACCCCUCCCACACCCACCCUGCUCUCCCCAAAAGGCAGCAUCUCAGAGGAGACUAAGCAAAAACUGAAGAGCGCCAUCCUGUCAUCGCAGUCGGCCGCCAACGUGAAGAAAGAGACGCUGAGCCAGCCGGCGCUAGAGGUGCAGGAGACCUCGAGCCAGGAGUCCUCUCUGGAGAGUGACACGGACGAGGAGGAGGAGGAGGAGGAGGAGGAAGACGACUACAUGGACAUCUGACCCACGCGCCCUCUCACCAUGGCCACAGAGCUCGCCGUGGUUGCAGCUGGGCCAGUUCCUGCUCCGCUCUGGAAGCAGCACACAGCUGCUGAUCUGCAAAAAAAAAAGACUUCACAAAGACACAAGGAAAGGGGGGAAAAGCCUGUUCCUGAUUUACCUGCAAAAACCAGCAGUCCAAGCAUGCCUGUCUAUGUCCUAAUACCCCCGGUUUCCUCUCCUCUCAUUUCUGACAGCAGUGUGACCCAGCAAAGUCCGAAAACACCGGCGUAGACAAAGAACUGGUUUCUGAAGACCGGUUUCUGUUCUUUCUUCAUGUGUAGAGCUUUUGCAUUCAAAAAAAGCUCUACCAGAGAUCUGAAAUGUUACCGUUUUGGCUCUGUGUUUGUGUGAACAGCUCCUCCCCUUGAAUGUUUGUUUUUCAAGUCUGGACAAGUAAUGCCUGGGGUUUGAAGGCUUUUACUUCUGUGUGAUCUUGUCUUUUCUCUUCUUUGUGGGAAAACAUCUUGAUAUCAUAUUCCUGCUGUCAAAUUUAAUGCUUAUUCUGAAUGGGCAGCUAAAUAAUGGUGUGUGAACUUCCUUGUGGGAAUAUUCAAAGUGCCAUUUCCAACAGUGCAACAGGAAAGACUUUGUUUAAUGUUGGUAAGAACCACUUUUCUUAAUGUAAAGCUGAAAAAGACCAAACAGCAUGUCAAAACCAUAAUUCAAAUACCUAAAUGAGAUGAUAAAGCCCUAGACUUGUUUAAAGAACCACACUUAUGUCUCACCUACAUUUUGCUAUGCAGACACAAAUCCAAUGAGACUGUACAACUGUACUGUAAGUAAAGAGGUACUGUUUGAGCGCUUUAAUGUACUUCGUUUAGAUUUACAAACAAUAAGAGCCUUUUCAUAGUAAAAACAGAGCUUUUUUUUGUGGUAUUUAGUAGGUUGCCCCUCAGGAUAAAAUGUGAAGUAUUACGAGACCAUAAGAGGACAGCGAUGCUGAAUU